AUGACUGUACUCCCCGACUCUAAAAAUGGCUACCUCCUCAACUACGAGGAUCAGGAGCAGAGACGAAUGCACCUGCAGCAUGAUCUGAUCAAAUCCUACAUGGGCCAACUGAUCUUGGCUCCGCUGCCUGUCGAGAAACCCCAUCUCCGAGUAUUGGACAGCGGGACCUUCAACGGCCUGUGGUUGAAAGACGCCUCGACCCUGCUGAAAAACCCCACCUUGGUCGGCACCGAUGUCUCCCCAACAGCCUUCCCUGCCGACCGACCGGCCAAUACGGAGUUCCACGUCCAGUCCAUCUCCGACCCAUGGCCAGCCGAAUGGCGAGAUUCGUUCGAUCUGGUCCACCAGAAACUGGUGAUUGCGUGCGUCCCACCCGAAGAGGGCCGCCAGGCGCUCUACCGGCUCGUCGAGCUCGCCAAGCCGCAGUCCGGCUGGGUGCAAUUCACCGAGGGCAGCCUGGAGCAUCUCACGCCGGAGCAGCGCCAGCGAUACCCUGUUCUGGCCCGCUUCCAGACCCUGGUGGCGGAUAUGCUGCCGAAUUUCGGCUGGAAUCCGCGUCCGGGGAAGCUUGUGCGCCAGUGGCUCGAGGAGUACGGACUGGAGGAAGUGCAGGAGAAGGUCAUGGAGAUUCCCAUCGGAGCGGGCAACUCGAACCCCAAGCUGGGAGAGAUGGCCAAGCAGAAUAUGCUCGAGGUGGUGGCCAACUUCCGGCAGGCCGCGACGCGUCUUCCAGAAGGCUCGGCCAUUCGUGCCGAGGACUUUGAUCCGAUUCUCAAGGACAUCAAGGUCGAAUUCGAGACGAUUGGUGGUAUUCUCCGAUUCAACACGGUCUGGGGUCGUCGGCCAUAG